AUGGCCGAUAACAGCCAGCCACGAACGACACAUUCCCGCGCCGAGAAACUCACAAAGCUGCUUCAUGCUUACAUCGUCGGCCUUCGAGCUAUUCAAAGCGUCCGAGAUGUGCAGCAAUUCAUCCAGGCUAUUUGUGACCAAGCAGAUCACGCAGCAUGCAUCGAGAAGCUUGGGUGUAGUGCUUCAGGCUUGGAGGCACUACGCAAAGGCUUACGUUUUGACACCUCUAUCGACUUCAUCAACGGUCCAUUGCACAACUUUCUCGUAUACUUGGCUGUCCCAGAGGUCAAAAGACUCUGCAAUGGUGACUUCCUCAAGCGGGUGCUCGAGGUGAUCGUCUCGCCACCAAGCCUCUGGACUGUAAUGACUCUAGCGCAGCAGAACGACGAGCUGUCCGCUCCUGCAGAGUUGAGCUACGCAUGGCUGUUGCUAGAGCUCGUCGCUAUCGCGGCCAACAUUGUUGCAGAGAAGACUUUCACGAGUUCCGACGAUCGUGCAUUACGUGCUAUUGGUUAUCGCAUUGAACACAUCCUGCAAACCAAGAAAGGCGGCCAAUCACCUUCCAUCGCUGGUCCUGGAGGUCGACAUGACAACGAUUUUGUAGAUUUUCGCCGAAUCGCGAUAUAUCCGACAGAGGAUGAGCUGACCAGCAAAGAUCCUCCAUACUACAGCGCCGCUCACGCGUUGACUCAACUUCCAACAGAAGAAAGGGUAGCACACCACCUCGACAACCAAUUUCGCCUUCUUCGUGAAGACUUUCUGGCCGAGCUUCGUGAUGACUUACCCAACAAGGCUCGCAAAGGAGGACCGCACCGUCAGAGUAUGAGGCUCUCUCGCUUGACCUUUGCUGGAGUGCACAAUGGCGGCGAGCGGUCUCGACUACCGACUUCUAUCGCCAUAGCCGUCAGGGCUGGGCUCGAACGCCUGACAUAUGCAGUCGAUCGGAAAGCUUUCCUGAAAGACAACUACAACUUCAUCAAGCAUCAAUCCUUCGGCUACUUCACUGAUGGCGGCAAGCUGAUCGCUUUCGGUACAAUCUGGCGAGAUCAGGACCUUUUAUGUCAAGACACACCUGUCGUUGCCAUUCGCACACCCGGAGCUGGUGCCUUCAAGAGAGUGCUCCUCCAGCUGGCCACGUCGGACACGCUUCAGUUCGUGCUCAUCGACACUGCGGUGUUGGCGUAUGAGCCAGUACUGCAGUGUCUGCAGACGAAGCUCGAGUUGCCGCUGUGGGAACAGAUCUUAUGCCCGGAAAGCCCACACAGUGAUGUGGACCGCACACACGCAGAGAGAAGUUUGGCGGACAUUGCAGAUCAGAUCGAGAGAAGCUCUGGGAGUGAUCUUCAACUGAUCUUGAGCCUGCCAAAGCCUUCACGCCUGGACACCUCACAGAUGACAUCGCUUUUGUCGGCCCUGCGUCAGUCUCUCUAA